AUGUCAACCUCUAAUCCAAAAACUAAAAUCGGACGACAGCAUGAAAAAACAUGGUCAUAUCUCCAAAAACGAUUGUCGGAUGCUUCCUUCAACUACGCUAGGAUCAUGCCUGAAAACAUCCUAAGUUUUAUCAAGCACAAAGCCACAAGCGUCAACAGUUGUCUCGGCUAUUUUGUACCAACAAUCCUUGCCACGGUGUCCUAUCUUCUGAGCAAAGCAAAAGCUUCUGUUCACACAGUUAAUCACGCUCAAUCAACUAACCUGUACACCGUAUUCGUCGGGUAUCCUGGUACUGGCAAAUCCGCAUCAAUCCAACAUGGUUGUAUUAAACCCAUACAGAAUGCCUUGCAAGAUGACGUGAAAGAUUGCCUGCUUGACCGAACAACUUCAUCUGGUUUGGUAAAGCAUCUCUCAAAAAACGGAACUGGGUUUAUCGUUUCGCCAGAAGUAUCGGAUGUGCUAAAUAAAUUGUUAAAGUCGGACGAGGAUACAUGUUCGGGUGAUGCCAUGGUUUUAUGCAAACUCUUCUCGGGUGAACGAAGUUCGUUUAACUAUGCGACGGAAGAGGCGAGAGAUAUCAGAGAAAACACACCUUUUUCUAUCCUUGGGUGCACUCAGAUGCCUAACGCCGCUAAACUUGUUGCGAGAAUGGACAAAGGACAAGGACUGUUAGAUCGAUUUCUAAUUUCCGUUCCACGCGCAAUAUGCCCCAAGUCAAGUGAAGUCGAACAGUCAGUUGAAUACCUGUCCACCGAGUGCAUUGACAUUUUCAAUGAGGUUUAUCGCUUGCUCGUUCACUUUCACACAAAUAAUAUCAUGGAAUACCGCUUUGACGACGAGGCUGAAAAAUCGAUGAAAAACGAGCGAGAUGCCUUUACCAGUGAUGUUAACGAUGCUAUCAACGAUGGAGAAACUACACCACCCAAAUCAAAGAAGUUAUACUAUGGAAUGCGCCUUGGCAGGGCACGAAGUUAUCAUCCCUACACGUAUUACCAAAGACACAUUGGAAAAAGCCAAGUUGUAUGUCGAUCAUGUCGAAACGCAAAAACAUAUGCUGUAUGA